GCGGAAGCUCGUUGUGCCGGCGUCUCCUCUCUGCUGCAGCGGCUGCGCAGCUGCUGCCGUCCGGAUCCUAUCGCGCCGCAUCCCGCUAACAUCUCAGCGCCUAUCCCCAUUAGCGGCCCGGCGCAGCCCUCGUCGCCUUUCAGCCGCGGUUUCAGCCGGAAAAUACCGGAACCUGCGCACCGGGGAGGAGUAGAGGGGAAGGGAGGGGGACCUCCAUAGCAACAAACCGGCUCCACGGCAUUAUUGGUUGUGCAGAACGGGAUGAUAAGCAAACACGUGACUGGAUUGCACCUGCAACCUUGACUGACAUGCUGGCAUGCUACAAGAAUCUUUCCACUAGAAUCCUCCAAUCACCUGAAAUCCCCACAUUCGGUUGCCUCCUUCAAAAUCACAGAUCCGAAUCGAGAUGAAUCCCAAGUAGUGGGGCCGCACAUCCGGACUUGAUCAGUUAGACCAUGGAGUUGGAGCACUUUGACGAACGCGACAAGGUCCGUCGCGGGCGCUCCACUCGAGCUAAACGAGACGACUCAGGCCCGAGCUCCCGUGGAAGCAGCCUGGUUCCCAGCCCGGCGCACAGCACCAACUGCAGCUAUUAUCGCACCCGCACUUUGCAGGCGCUCACCUUGGAGAAGCGCGCCAAGAAAGUGCGCUUCUACCGCAAUGGCGACCGUUCUUUUAAGGGUCUGCUGUACGCCGUCUCAAGCGACCGGUUCCGCUCGUACGAUGCCCUUCUGGUGGAGCUCACCCGUUCGCUGGCAGACAACCUCCACCUGCCUCAAGGAGUGCGGACCAUCUACACCAUCGAUGGUACAAAGAAGAUCACCAGCUUGGACGAGCUGGUGGAAGGCGAGUGCUACGUUUGUGCCUCCAACCAGCCUUACCGCAAAGUAGACUACACCAAGAUUUCAGUCCCUAGCUGGAAGCCCGGCGCCGCGUCUGGGAGCAGCGGCACCAGCUCCAACAGGCCGACCGCCGCGUCAGCUGGGUCGGCGGGCGGUGCGGGCGGCAGAGAGCGAGCCGAGGGGCGAGAGAGCAAAGACUUCAUCAAGCCCAAGCUGGUGACAGUGAUCCGAAGCGGUGUGAAACCCCGUAAGGCGGUGCGGAUCCUCCUGAACAAGAAGACCGCCCACUCUUUCGAACAAGUGCUGGCUGACAUCACCGAGGCCAUUAAGCUGGACUCAGGAGCUGUUAAGAGGCUGUACACGCUGGACGGAAAGCAGCUUACCUGUCUCCAGGACUUCUUUGGAGACGACGACGUGUUCAUGGCGUGCGGGCUGGAGAAAUUCCGCUAUGCUCAAGACGACUUCGUGCUGACUCACGGUGGAAAGACUGCGGCCUUUGUCAAUGAAUGUCGUGUCAAAUCGUCACGUCCCGGCGUCUCUCAGAGGACUUCAGCUCCAAAGAGCCCCAGCGGCUCUGUUUUAGCCUCCUCCAAGGGUUCCGCUAAAGCUGUGACCCGGUCCAGGUCACCGGGAACAGCCAAUGAAGCUUCGGGAUCGCAGGCAAAGUCAUCCAGGUCUAGCCCCUCCCCCAGCCUCAAGGUUUCCCCACAUCGGUCUUCCUCCACGGAUGUCAAUGGCGCGGCCGAACAUGCCGAUGACGGGACUAUAGAAGUCAACGGAAACCUGUCGGUGUCGUCAACCCUCAUCAGCAGCAAGUACAAAAUCGGUAAAGUCAUCGGAGACGGAAACUUUGCGGUGGUGAAAGAGUGCAUUGAGAGGUCAACUGGGCAGGAGUUCGCGCUGAAGAUCAUCGAUAAAGCUCGUUGCUGUGGGAAGGAGCACCUGAUUGAGAACGAGGUGGCGGUCCUGAGGCGGGUUCGACACCCUAGCAUCAUCCAACUUAUCGAGGUGGACGAAACACCAUCUCAGCUUUUCUUGGUCAUGGAGCUAGUCAAGGGCGGUGAUCUGUUUGAUGCCAUCACGUCGUCCACCAAAUACAGCGAGCAUGACGCCAGCGCUAUGGUGUACAAUCUGGCCGGAGCCAUCAAGUACCUGCACAGGAUGAACAUCGUGCAUAGGGACAUCAAGCCGGAAAAUCUAUUGGUUUGCGAGUACCCAGAUGGCACAAAGUCACUCAAACUGGGAGACUUCGGUCUAGCCACGGUGGUCGAAGGGCCACUUUACACUGUGUGCGGCACCCCCACGUACGUCGCCCCGGAGAUCAUUGCGGAGAGCGGCUAUGGUUUGAAGGUAGACAUCUGGGCAGCGGGCAUCAUCACCUACAUCCUCCUUUGUGGUUUCCCGCCAUUUAGAAGUGAGAACAAUGUCCAAGAGGAGUUGUUUGAUCAGAUCCUCCAAGGGAAGCUGGAGUUUCCGUCUCCAGACUGGGAUGCCGUCAGCCUUCCUGCUAAGACGCUGAUUAGUCAGAUGCUGCAGGUGAACGUGGACGCUCGAUUCACAGCGGACGAGGUUCUCGCGCACUCAUGGGUGUCGGACGACGCUCCCAACGACUCCGGCAACGAAGACCCCGGCGCAACGGAGAUGGAAUCUCCAGGGCUGGAAACCAAGCAGGUUCCUUCCCCGCUGGUGUAGACUUCAAACACCAGGCCGUAAAAAACGUCACUUCAUACUUCUGAGCAAGUUUCGAGUUUGCAACACAUCCUCCCGCAAACUGGAGCCUUUUUUUACCUUCAUACAUGACAAUCCCAGAUCAUCAUGAGCAUUUCCUCAACUUUUCCCGAGAAGUAUUUUGGAAAAAAUCCAUCACAAACAGUGGAUGAAAUAUUUCAAGCCUUUCCCCGUAUCCAGAAUGUCUUCCAUUUUUUCAGGGAAGAACAAUCCCGAGCUCCUUCCAUUUUGUAUGUGUCGCCCCCGGCAACUAAUCUCCCAAUCCGAGGCCAGAAGCACUGUGCCUGUCUGCACUGAUCCAUACAGGGUUUUGUAAAAAAAAAAAAAAAAAAAAAAAAAAAAAGUCACCAAGCUGACAUUUCAGUGACAUUUCAGUCUAAACCCUUGAAAAUCUGUUGUAGCUGUUAGCCGUCGAGAAUGUGUGUGAGUCUGUCGUGAAGUCGGAUAACGUAGAAACAGAAAAAUCGGAAUGGUGCUUCAUCAUUUAUGACCCUACGGUGGUAAGUGUAGUGUUACAGUGGUAUGUAAAAGUAUCUGAACCUUCAGGAAUUUCUCACGUUUCUACAUAAAAUCACCAUCAAAUGUGAGGUGAUCUUUGUCAAAAUCACACAGAUGAAAAAACAGUGUCUGCCUUAACUAAAACCACCCAAACAUUUAUAGGUUUUCAUAUUUUGAUGACAAUGACAGAAGGGGUUAAAAUAUGUAAAGGAACCCUCUGCCUAAGUAGACUUAAAGAGCAAUUGAAACCAAUUUUUACCAAACAAUUUAAGUCGGGUGUGUGUCCUAUCACUGAUUAGUGGCUUGAAGCUGCCCUGCCCACUAUAAAACACACACCUGGUAAGAAAUAUCUUGAUGAGAAGCAUUGUCUGAUGUGGAUCAUGGCUCGGUCAAAAGAGCUGUCAGAAGACCUGUGAUCAAGGAUUGUUGAUUUGUAUAAACCUGGGAAAGGAUACAAAACCAUCUCUAAAAGUGUGGAUGUUCAUCAAUCGACAGUCAGAGAAGUUGUCUACAAAUGGAGAGAGUUGCUUCUCUCACAAGGAGGGGUCGCCCACCAAAGAUGACGCCAAGAGUUUAGCGCAGAAUACUCAAAGAGGUAAUAAAGAACCCUAGAGUGUCUGCUAAAGACUUACAAAAAUCACUGGCAGAGUCCAAUAUCUAUGUGCACACAUCAACCAUAUGUAAAACUAUGGCCAAAAAUGUUGUUCAUGGGAGGACGCCACAGAGGAAGCCACUGUCUAAAAAAAAAAAAAAACAUUGUUGCUCGUUUAAUGUUCGCAAAAAGGCACUUGGACACUCCACAAGAGUUUUAGCAAAAUAUUUUGUGGACUGAUGAAACUAAAGUUGAAUUGUUUGGGAGUAACACACAAUGUUAUGUGUGGAGAAAAAUGGAAAAAGCUCACCAACAUCAACACCUCAUCCCCACUGUGAAGCUUUGUGGAGGGAGCAUCAUGAUUUGGGGCUGUUAUGCUCACUCAGGGCCAGGACAACUUGCAACCAUUAAUGGAAGAACGAAUUCAAAAGUUUGUCAGGAUGUUUAGCAGGAAAACCUGAGGCUGUCUGUAAGACAUUAAAAGCUAAAAAGAGGAUAGAUGCUGCAACAACACAAUGAUCCAAAACACAGAAGUACCGUAUUGGCCCGAAUAUAAGACAGUGUUUUUUGCAUUGAAAUAAGACUGAAAAAGUGCGGGUCAUCUUAUAUUUGCGGUCUAGACAUUAUACCCAUUUACAACACUAGAUGGCGCCAGAUAUCAUUGAAGCGAUGUUCUGUCAUGACAGAUCUCAGCUAUUCCCAAGUUUAACCAGUUUGCAUUAUUUUAUUGCAAUGUUUUUCCUUAUUCAGAUUUGUUUCAAGACUACAGUUAGACUUCAAUUUGAUGGUUAAUGCAGUUAUUGCAAUUUAGUUGUUUUAUUUACGUUUCAAAAACCAGAAGCCAUUCAUUUACAAAUGUGAUUGCACUUUACAUAAGGGCUGCAGCUAUCGAAUAUUUUAGUAGUCGAUUAAUCGAUGGCCUAGUUAGUUUGAAUAAUCGAGGAAUCGGAUAAGUAACAUGAAAAAUUAAAAUACCCGAGCUGAGCCUGAAACGGUAUUAAAAAAUGAUAAUAAAUAAAUGAGCAUCUAUGUACACCAAAAGAAUAAUUGGGCAACUUAAACAGAAAAAGUCUGCUAGCUUAAAUGCUAUAAAAUGCUAAAGUUUUUUGUUUUUUUUACAAUGCUCUUAAAUGAUUCAGAUACAUAUUCCAACAAAAAACGGCUAAAUGUACCUAUAAACUAAAUCAGGAAUGCAUUAAAAAAUAUUAGCUCAAACAAAAACUUAGCUUACGUUGGUCUUAACAGGGAGCAGUUGGAUUCAGCCAUGUGAAAAUAGGCAGACCAGAGGACAGUGUAUCUAUCCUAAUCAAUAAAACUAAAUGCAAUACCUUUCAAAAUAAACCAUUACAACGCCACUUUAAUUAAACGAUUACUCGAAGCAACAAAAUUUAAUUCGAAUAUUUCUUUUCGAAUCGAAUACUCGAGUUAGUCGAUUAAUCGUUGCAGCACUACUUUACAUAUUUAAAUGUUCAGAUAUUAAGAUUUGAAUAAGGCAAAAUAACAUGCUUUUUCUCUCAAAUAUAUUGUUAUAAUCAUUGAUUUCAGAUGUACUGUAAUUAUUUUCUGCAUAAAAAAUAAUUUGGUGUUCAAAAAGUCUUUUUUCAAACUUGAGUCUUGAAAAAGAGGAGGUAGUCUUAUAAUCAGGGCCGUCUUAUACUCUGGCAAAUACGGUAAAUAAACUUCGGAAUAGUUUCAGAAGAACAAAAUACACGUUCUGGAGUGCCCAAGUCAAAGUCCAGACUUGAACCCCAUUGAGAUGCUGUGGCAUGACUUAAAGACAGCGAUUCAUGCCAGACAUCCUAGGAAUCUGACUGAAAUACAGCAGUUUUGUAGAGAAGAAUGGGCCAAGAUUAGUUCUGAUCGAUGUGCCAGACUAAUCUGCAGCUACGCGAGGCGUCUAGUUGAAGUUAUUGCUGCCAAAGAGGGGUUAUGAAAUAUUAAAUGUGAUGGUUCACUGACGUAUUUUUCCCUCUUUUGUCAUUGUUUGGGUGGUUUUAGUUAAAGCAGACACUGUUUUUUCAUCUGUGUGAUUUUGACAAAGAUUAGCUCACAUUUGAUGGGGAUUUUAUGCAGAAAUGUGAGAAAUUCCAAAAGAUUCAGACACUUUUUCAUACCACUGUAGCUAACUCUUAACCCUCUUAAGUAUUACUCCCUUCUUUCCUUUGCUUUACACCAAACCAAAAGACGCCUUGCAGUGUUGAUACUGUUAGCAAAGCUAACUUCUCAUUCAAAACAUGCUUUAACUUAUGUUCAUGUAUGUGCAAGUCAUCAUGCCUUAUUAACCUUCAAUCAAGUGCAGUAGAUUAGAACUUUUUUCAAACAUUUUCCGUGGCAAAGGUCUUUUGGAUUUGCCACUGACGAUGAUAAACGUCCAGUUGUGGCGGUUUUCCUCCUUCUGAAUGAGUUUGAACCGCGAUUGGACGUUUAUCGUCGUCAACAGCAGUCAACGUGUUAAAUAGCAUUUAGAACACGAGCCAGGUUGCAUACAAAGUCAAUGGAGGACAAAGAUGCAUUCAACUGUGAAAUAAAAUUUAGACGGUAAAAACAACGUUUUUUCCUUCUGUUUAACUGAUUUACACCACAGCGCCAUUUUCUCUUCGAUCGACACUAUGUUGCGGUCUUCGUUCAAAGACGAGGUCAACAUAAUUAACAGGAAUGUUGCAGUUUUAUUAGGAUUUAAAAGAUGGAAUGUUUCUUACGAUUACAUUCAUAUAAUUGCACCGCUAACUUCAUCAAAGAAGUAUAACACCGCUCUGGAAAUACACUUGUGAUCAUUUAACUCCACUUUCUGUUCAGAAACUUAACGGAAAACUACCAGGACAUCCUACACGAUUGGUUAGUGGAGUUAAAUUGUUUCGUACACAUGUUACAACAAAGAAAUGUUCCCACAUUUGAUCUUCAAUGUCCAGUUUCAGACUUCAAACCUCUCCAAUAACGUCCAGUCAGCAGAUUGUCUACAUCAAAGUAGUAAAAUGUAGUUUUUGGGCACCAUUCCACGCUUACCACCAACAACUCCCACAAUCCACUGCUCAUCACUAGACUCCACUUGUGUGAUAAUGUCGCCAGGCUAAAGGAAGAAGACAACAAUUACUCAGGAUGCGGUGUAUAAUGACGUGUUUGAACAUUCUCACCUUAACUGUGAGCUCGUCUUCGUUCUCGGCGGUAAAAGCAAAUAAAGCUUUGGCCACACCCUU